AGAUAGGAUAAAUAAAAUAAAAAAGUCGCAUUAGCAUAUCAUAUCAACUCGAAUUUUAGAAAGGUCGACUUCACUUCCUGUUUACUUUACCGCGGGAUGAUUUGUGUGUGCUUGUUAUAUUAUGAACAGAUGCAACUCACUGGGAUCAGAUGAACAUCAUGAAGAAAAUUUCAUUGUGACAGAAAAUGUGAUUUGUUGAGGUGAUGUCUACCUUAGAAGACAGUGUAACUGCCUUGAUUAAACAGCUUUGUGUAUUGCAUACACAUGACCAAAAGAGGGCUUUCCUUAAACAGCCGACUCUAUCAAAGGCAGAGAUACAGAAACGACUGAAGAGGAAGGCAUAUGAAACAAUAUUUGCUUAUCUGGUUGGACCAAUAAGAUGGCAGUGGCAGAUUUCCUCACUGAAUAACCAUGUAGAAGACGAGCGUGUACAUGUACUUAGCUAUGCCUAUGACCUGAGGUGUAAACGCCAGUAUGAUGAUGCAAACAGACUUGAAGAAUUGCUUGAAAAUUUAGUAAACAUCGGCAAUGCUGAUGUCAGCAAUGACAGUAAAGAAAAUGAAUCAGAUAUGCGUUCCAUCCUCAAAUUCCUCGUACUGUUGGCCGACACUGGUCCACAAGAGUGCAGAGCUGUCAUGGGGUAUGAGACACAACACCUGCCCAAGUCAGUAGAUAAAGAUGAAAUGGGGGUGUUACCCUCAGGACCAAUGCUGUAUGGGGACACCAGUGUCUAUAGACCAGACCACAAGUUCUACAUGCAUUUCCCCAGCUUGCUGUUUGAAGCAGAGCCACUGCAGUUUCAAGAUAAAGGACUUCAGAUCUUCUGUCUGACUCCUGGGGAGAGUUUAUCUGGUCAGGGUCUCUUUAACAUCAAGGGUUAUUUAGAUGACAGCUAUGAGAAGCAGUGUAGGGGUUCACUGUUUGGGGGACUCGUACAGAGCCAGACAAUGACACUACAGGACAGAUUACAACUACCUGACCUGGUGGACCCAGAGGACAGUGGGAUGUUUGAUGUGCGGAUACCCAAAGUUUCCUACAGCAGCAGGACUCAGUCUUCAGAAGAAGAUGACAGUGCUGUCCAGAGUAUGGAUAUAACAGGCAGUAUCCAACUACGGCAGCUGGAAGGUUCUAAAUCUCUCAGCUACAUCAGCGACUCAGAUUCUGCUGUAGGGUGCUCCAUUUGGGAGGAAGCACUUGAAUUCACUCCUAGUAAACACUUUAGAUGGGAAACACGAGUGAACCAGGAAAGCGGACUGGACCGACCCUACCUCUCUGAAGCAGGGCCCAUUGGUCUAGACAUGUGGUACAGCAUGAAGGUUAAGGAACUAUCAAUUCUAUGUCCAUCAGUGUCACCACCUACUCUGCGUGUGACGAGACAGAAAGAUAUUGUCAGAGACGUUAUCAACAUGAUGAUUGGAGUACCCUCCUCCACCUACCAGCUUCUUCCUGAAACUCAAUCCUUUGAGAUGAUGGAAGGGGUAUACAUCAGUGGAAUGACACCCGAGUGCCUUCGUCGAGUCUCGCACGAUUUCAUGGUGUGUGGUACAUAUUACAACCUCCUAGUGAAGUUCUCCUUGCCUCCGUUCAUCGACUCAUUCUACAGCAAGGGCCUGGUGUAUCAGGCUUUCUGUGGGGCCAUUAGGAAGUACCUACAGUACUACAGAGGUGUUAUACUCUCCAUACCGCCAAACAUCUCACUGCUGCGACUCCAGUUUACCUGCCAGCAAAUUUUCAACCAAUUGGGAUUUCUUGCCAGUUUAUGUAAAUGUACUACUAUGGAGGACCUACAAGAUGAAGACAGUUUCCCAACAGGUGUACACCUUCUGAGCUAUGUAUACCGGGAGUGUCUAGAGUGUGCCAGUACACACAACUAUCCCAUGAUGCUGUCCAUACUACAGUCAUCCUGUGGGCCCUACACUGUGUUUGUACAGGACUGGGUGUUUCACGGAAUAUGUCAGGACAUCUAUGGAGAGUUUAUGAUAGAAAUCCAUGCUGAUUAUCUACAAUUCAGAGACAAGAACUACUGGAAUAAUGGUUAUAAGUUGAUGGCCAGUGAAGCUUCCAAGAGUGUACCACUGUUCCUGGCAGACCUGGCCUCGGAUAUCUUCAUCUGCGGCAAAUCCAUUAACCUGCUCAAGGCAUGCUGCCCCCAGAAUUUUCUGUGCAACAUAGCGGACAUUGACAUACCCCGGAUAUCAGUCACAUUCUCAGAGGAGGAGCUUGGCGGUCUAGAUGGCCAGUGUCAGUUUUAUGUCAAUAAAAUGAAGCAGAUAGCACGCCAGUUGACCAUCUCAAGACAGGUGAAACUAGAGAUGGAGGAGGCUGAAAAGAGAAUGUUGUUACAGAGAGCAAAAGAGGUAGCCACACAGGAAAUACAGAAACUACAGGCCAAAAUACAGGAAAACAAGGUAAACCAAGAUGCAAAGAAAAGAAAAGAGUUCCAGUUUCUUAAGGACCAGAUGGAGGCAGACUUACAAAGACGAGCUGACGUGAAAGAGCAGGUGAAGGAGGAAGAUAAAAUGAUGAUGGCCAGAGUGACAAAACAAGAGGAGGCUAUGACAGUACAUGAGCUAGAGUUGGAAAGGAAAGCAAGAGAGGAGUUGAUAGAAUACUACAGCAAGCUGAGUGAGGAGGCUGCCCUGAGAGAACAGCGAGCAUUAUGGCACAUCAAGCGUGCACAAUUAGAACAGAGUAGACGUGACUUUCUACAGCAGGACGGCGUACACUGGCAGGCAGAGCUGGACAAGUCCUCCAUUGUUACAGAAUCCAUUACUGCACAAAGGCCUGAGAAUAUAAUGACAGACACUGCCAAUCUUCCGUCCUGGGCAGUAGGAGAGGGGCGAGACGGACCCAUUGUUGUGACCGAUGAGGAGGACUCUCGCCUCCCAGGGUGGGCACAGCGAGGACUAGCUGGCACCAGCACCCUAACUGUGGACUCCAGUAUGCCUACAUGGGCUCAACAGGAGUUACCACAGUCAGAGAUAAAAGGAAGAGAAAAAACAUCACCAGAGAAGAGUAAGUCUCCUCGCUCCCUUCCGACUCCUCCGUCCGGUCCAGCUGGGCGACCCUCUACACCCACACUAAAACGACCUCCAACUCCGACCUUGAAGACUGGCAAACGCUUGAGUGACUCGUUUUACGCCACGGCUGAGACAGAUGAAUCUCCUACAAAACCAAGUAUUCAUGUUUUCCCAGGUAAACAUGCUACCUCGGAAACUGAUCCCGAUGAUACGCACAAAUCACACAUCAGGCUGAUGCAAAACGUCAAUGUUAAUAAGGAAAGUGAGGAAAAUCCAGAGUGCUUACAUAUAAAACUCUCCGAGGGAAGGCAUGCCUCCAAGGAGACCGAAUCUCAGGAGGAAGUGGUGCCCCACCGAAAGACUAACCCAGACAUUCAUGCUAACAAACAGUCGACAGAGGAGAGAGAUCUACCCCGCACAAAGAAAAGCGAAGAAAUGCAUAUUACUAAACAGACAGAAUCAACUGAGUGGCUCAUAAAAAAAUCAAGCACUUUUGGUCAUGUGUCCAAAAUGUCUUCUUUAGGGGACGAAUUUGUGAUCCAGGCUCCGAGACUGAAAAGGUCUGAUCAGUUUCAUUCGUCUAUGGAAUCAAAAUUCAGUAAAGACUUUGGGAUUAAACCUCGAAUUAAAAUGAGUAAGACUAUGUCGUCCACCACAGAGUCUAAAUCUGUAGAGGAAAGUAGGCCCGGAAUCAAAAUGGGCAAGAUGUCUGCCUCAACGGAGAGUGAAAUGAUCGAUCAGGAUGAAAACAGACUGCAGAAGUUUAAAUCGUUCAAUGUACAUGGACACUCGUCAGACUCGACAGUUCAGCAGCUGUUGUAUGGUGACAGGAAAGCCAAACAGGAGACCAAACAACAAGAACUUGAAGAUGUCAGAGAAGAACCUGUUUGGAUGGAUUCCCCAGCCACGCAAAUGUUCACAUACGAUGACAACUUUGAAUUCUUGACCAAUACACCUGUGGUAGAUCUUCUCUCAUCCAAGGAAUUAUCAGCCUAUGGCAGGUUUGGUGACUAUGGUGUCAGUCAGAGUGCUGAUGUAGAUAUGUAUCGCUACAUGCCACUCCCUCAGCUGCUGGAGCGCUCCGUCACUGCCCCUCUGUUAGCUCAGAUCUCACUGGUAAACGACAAUGUGAUCAACUACCUCACCGUGGAUCUGGACAUAAAAAACCACUUUGAGGCUCUCAGACGGUACCUUUUUAUGGGCGAUGGAGACUUUGCCCAAAUCCUCAGUGACAUUCUUCUGGAAAAGCUUGCCAAUAGUCCUAAGGCCCAAGAGAUGUUGAACCCUGUGUUUUUGACGAGUGCUCUCAAUAAAGCCCUGAAAUCGUCUAUGCAUGCUGACGACCCAUUUGCAGACAACCUCAGUUUUGCCUUGCGAUAUGUGCCCAAAGUCCUAAUACAGAAUGCCCACGACACUUUAGACUGUUUAGAGCUACGAUAUAAGGUGACAUGGCCACUGAACAUAGUGAUAACGGAUUCCCUCAUCAGCAAGUACAGCAAAGUUUUCUCCUUCAUGCUCCAGCUCAAACGCACUGUGUGGGUGCUCAAAGAUGUCUGGUACAGACUCAAACGGGACGCUAUGGUCCACAAGGCAGGAGGCUCCUCUCAAUUCCGUCAGCUGCAACUCUACAGACAGGAGAUGCAGCACUUUGUGAAGGUGAUGCAGGGUUACAUAGCCAACCAAGUCAUACAUGUUACCUGGUGUGAGUUUACUGAGGCACUCAACAACGACGUCCAUAACCUUGAUGACCUUCACAAGGUCCACUCCAGCUACCUGGACAAAGCCAUAUUCAGAUGUUUACUGAACAAAAAGGCUGGAGCAGUGAUGAAAUUCAUACAGGACAUCUUUUCCCUCAUCCUGAAGUUCCGUCUACAGUUGGUUAAUGCAGAAUGGCGGUAUGAUGCGGACACUGGACAUCUGUCUCAUUCCAACUUCCAGAGUAUGGUAGCUACUUACAAAGCCUUCAGAGAGUACUCCGUCUUUCUCUUCAAAGUUGUUAAUAAGCUGGCCAUAAGAGGAUACCAACCCCAUUUACAGGAACUGUUGUUGCGUCUCAACUUCAACGAUUAUUACAAGGCUAAAUAGUCAUCAAACAUAAUUCUACAGUAGAGAAUGGACAACCUCUAGUGCCACACAGUGGGUCAAGGACAAAUUGUUCAAACAGAGCUCACCAUAGUGAUACAGUAGAGGUCAAGGUCAAAGCCUAAUGACACACAUUGGGUCAAGGACAACUUGUUGGUAAAUUACAUCCCGCCAUAAUGAUACAGUAGAGGUCAAAGUCAAAACCUAGUGACAUACUGUGGUCAAGGACAUCUUGUAAGGAUACAUCCUUGAUCAAGGUCAAUUCAUUGCCGUAUCACCAUGGCGUCAGCUCCUAUGUUUAUGCGAUGUGAUAAGAUUUAAAAUCAUUUUUUUUCCGGAUUGGAGUUAGUACUCAGUGGAUGAAGCUAAGGACUGAACAAUACUUGUUAUCUACAGCAAUUUGAUGUAGGAAACGGACUAUUUAACUGUGAUAGCUUGAUCCAUUUAUGUGGAAUGGUCAGUAUAUGUAUGCAUAUGCAUUUGAGAAUGUUCAAUAUUAAUUUAUGCAAAAAUAUAACAAAAGUAUCUAUAUAAAUUUGCUAAUUAAAAGAAAAAAAUCUU